UCUCCAGGUUGCACAGGGUGACGUGGAGUGUGAUUUUGCGUAGUGACUAUUGACUCAUCGCCGGCUGCUGCUCGUGCAGGCUAACAACUACCGCGCCGUUCACCCCUUCGACGCCGUCUCACGCCCUCGUUGCCCGCUGCUACCGUCCUCAGCCCAUCACUGCCGUAUUAUCCCACGUUUCUCCGUAGCCGCGAUGUCCCGCAUCCCGUCGUCUGAGUCUCGCCGCCGGCCGGCGGAGGUCCCACAGGCUGAUCGUGGGUCAAAAGCACGGAAGGUCGCCCCCUCCAAUUUUGCCCCAGUCGCCUCUCUGUCCGGGGGCACAGUACCUGUUAAUGCCCAUGUCCCGCCACAGCCGGAAAGCUUUCCCAGCAUGCAUACACGUGCGUUGGGGAAGCUCCUCGUAGACGCCAAUAAGCAAUUGACAGCCGGCCAGCGACGCACCGUCAUAGCAAUGGGGUUUGGGCCGAUGCUCAAUUUCCAGAUCGCAGACACACCAUUGCGCCUAGGUAAUUGGCUACUCUCGAACUUGGACAUCGAUUCAAUGCAGUUGAAGUUUCCGAAUGGAUUAACACUCAAGGUGGAUGAGGAGGCGGUCGAGGCAGUUUUUGGGUUGCCACGGGGCCCCAAAGUUAUCACUGAUAGGGCGAAGCACCAGAAGAGUAUUAUCUUGAAUAUCUGGCGUGAAUCAUAUGAGAAAACCGAUUACACAAUCACUCCUGUAGAGGUGGCCAUCAAGUUAGAAAAAUAUCUCGAUGGGGGAGAGUGCUUUAUACGAAACUAUGCAUUACUUGUGGUUAGUACUAUUGUGCGUACUAUGCAGAAUGGUUAUGUAUAUCAGCAUGUCAUUCCAAACCUUGAGGAUACCCUCGAAAUUGCCAAUCUUAAUUGGUGCCAAUAUGUGAUUCAUUCCCUCGUUGCAACACAACCAGCGUGGAAGGCAAGGAAAACGCAAAGGUUCACUGGCCCAUUGGUGUUCUUAACGGUGCUCUAUGUUGAUCGGGUUCAGGCUGGUGCAUGCACAGUGCCACGCACUCUUCCAGCUUUCGUGGGGUGGGAUUCCGAGUUACUGAAACAAAGGGAAGAGUUGGAGGUCACAUCUGGUGGGUUUGGUCGGGGUACGAUUGUGGAGCCGCUACAGCCUAAGAAGAAGGAUCUGAGGGUACGGGUCACCGAGCAAGCACGCCUUGUCGCACCAGGUAUCCUGCAGCUUGUAGAGUUGCUUCGUGAAGCUGAAAUGGAAGCCGAUCAGUCUGAUCAGUCUAGCAAACUCUUCAACACUGCUAGAUCCCUUGUUGGUAUACACCCCACCGUUGGCGUGCCCGCCCAUGCGCCACCCCCAGCUGUAUCGGCCGAUGGGACAGAGACCGAUGACGACUUCUACUCCAACCCUGACGUCCUCAAGGCGGUCGAAGAGAUAGAGCAUGCGGUACACAAGCGAAAUGCACUCUAUAAUGGGCCGUCACUUAGUGGGGUGUUGCCAGAGGAUGCGGCCACUACAACAGUGCGCCAGAUGACCAACAAUGCAACUUCUGAACAGCGUGCAUCGGGAAUGUCAACACGGUCCGGGGCCAAACACAACGGCGUCACCCCAUGUGCUCAACCAAGUUCUAGUGCCCCACCUAUCAGCCCACCACAGUCCAUUCGUGUCAAUGGCGUCACCGCUGCCCCACAGGGAAUGUCAACACGGUCUACGGCCAAACACAACCGCGUCAGCCAAUCUGCUCUACCAAGUUCUAGUGCCACACCUAUCAGCCCACCACAGUCCAUUUGUGUCAAUGGCGUGACCACUGCCCCACAGGUUGUUGCCCAGGUGCCAGGAGCGCCCUUAUCUAUUACUAGGCACCAAACUGCUAAAGCCCCGCACGUAGCGACAAAACCACCCCAGGUGCCAAAUCAUCCUCCCACUCCAGUUGUCAGAAACCAGUCAUACCAUAUGGCACCGGUGGAUGAGUUAGACCCUGCGGUUCUUCAGCAAGAUGAAUUCUCGGAUGUCCCAUCAUUUAGCUUAGGGCUGACACAGGAUGUGCCCACCUCGCCAGUGCGGCACACCACCACCUUUGCUACUCCUCAACAACGUCUGACGGUAAUUACAAGCCCUAAUGCAACACCUGGUCGGCUACACCACUCCAUGCGUGAUGAUGGGGUAGCCGCCACCCCACAGGACGUGGCCUCUAUCCUAGGGACUCACACAUCUACUUCUGGAACACCAGUGGGGCGUGCACCGCUAAAAGCACCAAAACCACCCCACUACUCAAAGCAUCAGCCGACUCCAGUUCGCACGAAGCUUUCACACCAUGUUAGCCAGAUGGGGGGGCGCCCUUCGUGGACUGUACCUAGUCAGACUUAUGUGUAUCACUGGAUUGUCGACAACCUCGCGGUCAAUAGGGACGACGAGAUUUUCCGCUAUAAGGCAUACAAAGCAUCGUGGGGGAAUGUGGCGUCUUUGCAGGAGGGGAGUAAGGUGGCUUAUAGAGUUGUAGACGCUUGGGCAUGCGUGCUAAACUAUCGAGAGCUUACCAAAGGUGCUGCCGUUCCAAACAGGCUCUUUGCGUCAACGAAAACAGCGCUUCAAUCUGCGGUCAACUACACAGCUCUCCGGUACCUCCGCCUAGGGUGGUUCACUAAAAGUCUUGAAGAGGAUUUUAGCAAAUCACCCCGUGAGACUUGGCGUGGGAUUCACAUUUAUAUUUUCCCAAUUCUGCAACGAGGGCAUUUUUACAUGAUUAGUGUUGACACGAUUGCGAAAAAAGUAGACAUCAUUGACAACUCUUCCGCAGCUGAGCCCAAAGACAGGUUGUAUGGCCAAACUCCAAAUCAAUUGGUAGACAUGUUCUCUACCUUCUUGGAUGAUAAGCUCGAAACUGAAAUAGCGUCACAGAUUAGGGGUUUAAUACCUAAAAGGAUGCAAAUGUCGUGGAGGGUCCCUAAAAACCAAGUUGACUCGGCCGUGUUCACUAUGCGCCACAUGGAGUCGUACUAGGGCCAAGGGGUCGCGAACUGGGAUGUUGGACUACAGAGAGGGAACUACAUGCAGAUAUGUGUUUUGCAUCAGUAUUUUAUGAGGGAAAUUCUGAUGAGUGACAUCAACAUUCACCAGAAUAGCAACAUCAAGCGUGCGCGAAACUUUGCAAAUGGGCUCGCAAGGAACACACCCAAGAUAGUUUAGUUAAAGUGCGGCGUGUGUUAUUUGGAUGGUGAUGUCAGUUUAGUAUGAUAAUAAUUCACCAGCGUAGCACUGCGAACAAUCACAGUACUCUUAUUUUUUGAUGUAGUAGAUUAUAAGCGUGCAUUCAAACCUCGGAUACUAGAGACGAGGUGUUUUAGUACGUUGUUUUUAUUUAAUCUAGUAUACGCGUGCUGGUCAAUCGUAGGCAA